UACUUAACUUUUGUAGUAGUAUAAUGCUCUUGCUAAGCAGAGCAAAUAGUACUGCUCUAUUCCUUUACACCUCCUGCUUCGGUACGAAACUUUCACGCUGGUUUCUGGGUUAGCGUGAGGAAGGUGGAAAGCGAAUUCCCCAUUGGGAGAACAGGGGUUGUCAGUCCAGUUGAUUCACCAGGUUACAGCAAAAUGUUUCUUCAAUCACAACUCUCAUGGAAUGUAAUAAUCCCUCCUGAGAGCCUUGAUUCCAAUGGUUUGGCACUUCAAAAGGCCAUUAUCAUUCGCCUUAUGGAUGAUUUUGCUGCCAAAAAGGCAACAAAGGAUCUGGGUUACUUUCUUGCUGUGACUACUUUGGAUAAGAUUGGGGAAGGAAAAAUUAGAGAGCGUACUGGGGAUGUACUCUUUCCAGUAGAGUUCAGCUGCAUUACUUUCAAAAUCUUCAAGGGAGAGGUUCUGGAAGGUGUUGUUCACAAGAUUCUGAAGCAUGGGGUUUUCUUGAGAUGUGGACCUAUGGACAAAAUUUAUCUCUCACAUCAAAAAAUGCCUGAUUAUCGAUAUGUGCCUGGAGAAAACCCAAUCUUCAUAAGUGAAACAUCCAAGAUUGAGAAAGAUGUGACUGUACGUUUCAUGGUAAUUGGUGAGCAGUAUGUUGAGGCUGAGGCGGAUUUCCGAGCAGUCGUUGGCUUGAAUGGUGACUUCCUUGGACCAGUGUAGGAGUCUCAAAUCUUUUUAGCCUCUGACUUUGAAGAAACACCUAUUUGAUCACGGUCUAGCUGAUUGUAAAUGUAGUUUGACAUUUCCUUUAUACUUUUCGGUAGGAUUCCUGAAAAAAAGGUGUUACUUCUUGUUUAUCUUAGAAUGCUGUCUCAACUUUGUAUCUUUUGUGGUGAAUAUCUCACUGUUGUCCUGUUUUGGUUCUCCACCUGAAUAUAAUUUCCGUUGAUCA